AUGUUUCUACUAUUGUUAAUUUUAUAAUUGGCAAGCUCUUAUUUCAUUAAUAAAGAUGAACUAAAGGUAUCAUUAUUUUUAUAUUAGAUUAUUGAUCAUCAUCUAUAACAAACUACAGAUCAUGAUCUACUUAAUGCAACAUAUAAAGAAUAUUUAGUUGGAUAGAUUGAUGCUGCAGAUCAAAUUAUUGCCAUUUCAUCAUUAUCAUCAACUUUUAAUCAAACUAUUCAGGUAGCUAUACUUGCACUUAAUAAACAAUAAACUUAUACUGUUUAUUCCCUUUUCUAUGAUAAAUUGGUAUAUAUCAUAUAACAAUUAAUAGCAAUUAUAACACUUCACUAUAAAUAGUUAAACACCAAAAUUUAUAAGCACUUGUACUGCUAUAGCAUUUGAUCUAUAAUAAUAUGUAUUAGCGUGUGGUUAGAAUUAUUAUUUUCAAAAUGGAACUUUAAUUUAACUAAAUUACAUUGAAAUGCAGAAUACCAUUUAGUUUUAAUCUCAUUAAAAUGGAUUUAUUGUUAUUACCAAAACUUCUAUCUUUUAUUUUGAUUUCAAUUUUAAACUUGAAAGGAAGUAGUAACAUACAGCUUAAGCUUUUUUAAUUACUCAUUAGUACCUCUAUAUAGCAUAACAAUAAAUUAUUAUUAUCUAAAAUAUUAACGAAUAAGAUGACUUUGAAAAUAUCUCAUUUGAAUGUAAUUAAUCUAUCAAAGCAUUUGCAGUUUUCUAAGAUCAUUUGUAUGUUUAAUGUGAAAAAUUUUAAGAUAUUCAUUAUUCAGGAAAAAUAAUUGAAUAUCCUGAAAUACAAACUGUAUCUCUGAGCUAAACUAGAAAAUUUUUAAUUAUUGACAGUAGAAUAGCUUAAAACAUUAAAUAUAAUACUUAAAUCUAUUCAUCUAAAUAUAAGAUAUACCCUUUAAAUUUUGAAGAUCAUCUUAUUACAUUCAAAGAUAAAAAUGUUUAUAUUGUUUAAUUACUUGAUUUGAGUUAAAUUUCAGCAAAAAAUGCAUAAGAUAAUUUUUAAAUUGGAGAACUAUAAUUUCUAGUAGUUGAUUAUGGUCUAAAAGCUCUAAAAGUUAAUUAAUCUACCAAUAAUUAACUUUAAUAGCCUUAAACCCAAACCUAUUAUUAUAGUGAUUAUAUUAUUGGAAACGACUUAAUUGUGGGAGGGGAUGGAGUAGAUUCAGGAUUUCUUGUAAAAAACUUAGAUAAUUAGUUAUUAAGCACUGAUAAUUUAUUAUCUGUCAUUAAGUAUGAGUUAGAAAAGAUUGCUUUCUUUUUCUUAGAAGAUUAAAUCAUUUAUGCCGAUAUUUGCUUAUUUAAUUAAAUCAAUAUUGAUUAUAAAUGUAUAGAUUCUUAUAUCUUUACACGAAUUCAAUCUCAGCUCACAGAUUUUUAAGCAAUUUACAGUUAAAUAACUGAUUAGCUUGUAAUUGCAUAUACUACUGAAGAUUCUAAAGGUUUAUAGAUUUUUAUCAAUGAUAUUUUAUAUAAAGAGGAAGAAAAUUCUGUUAAAUAUUUUUUAGGGUAAGAAUUUUUAGUUCUUAUCAAAAAAUAAUCUAAAUAAUGGAUAGAAAUUUUUAGAUUGUAAUUUUAAAUUUACGAUUUAGAAGCUAAAUUAUAUAUAAAUGAAAAUAUCAUUCAAAUAGUAUUUGGAUCUGGUGAAAUUUAUAUCUUAGAUAAUAAUAACUAAAUUAGAGCUAUAUCAGAUUCCAUUUUUGGUUGGCAAUAAGUUUUCAUUUAAAAAUUCAACCAAACUAUUUUAUCAAUAAAUUAUUCUGAAGACUAACUAUUGAUUACAUCUGAAAAGGAAAUAUUUAUUUAUUCCUAAUAUUAACUGAGAGGAAUAGUAUAAUACAAUCUAUUCUAACCUAAAGCAUUCUAUACAACUGAUAAAUACUUCUACAUUUAAAAUUCAACUCAUCUAAUUUAAUUAAUUUUAACCUAAAAGUAAGCUUUAUCCAAUUCUCUUUUCAGAGUAAUACAAUAACCAUUCAAUUAUAGUCUUUUCUUAAUUAGUUAUUCCUAAUUUGAAUUGUUGUUUAUGAACAAUAAAGUCUUAGGUCUUUAUAAUGAAAAGAAAUUUUCGAUUUCUUCUUAAUGUGAAAGAACUGAGUAUUUUAAUUUACUGAAGAAAAAGUUGAAAUUCUCAAAUUCAUUUAAUGAAUCAUUAGAAAUUGAUAUAAGCAUAGUGGGAACACAAUUAGCUUUGAGAGUAAUUCCAUAUUCAUUAGAAACUCUAUUAAAGCCCUUAAAUAGGAUUAAUAUCAAUGAUAUUUUUGAUGGUCCAAUAUCCAAUAUUUAUAUAAAAGAAUCGGAUAAGGCAUAAUUAAAAUAGAUGAUAUCAUAAAGUAAAAUGAUGGCCACCUAUUUAACAGAAAAUAAAAUAACUGAUCUUAUAUAUUUCUAAAAUGAUAAGACCUUAUUGUUUCAUUCUUAAUUACUUUAACUUUGUGUAAUAAAUUAAGAAUGUUAAACAUUAUAAAUAAUUGAAGAUUAAAUGUGUAAAUACUUAGAUUAGGCUUAAGAAUAUGCAUUUGUGAUUUGUUAAAAUUAUUUAUUGUAUUUUAAUAAGACAUCACCUUAAAAUAUAAAUAAACUAACAACAAAUUUCAGUAAAAUAUAGAAAUUAAGUGUUGAUAAAAAUUAUAUAUCUAUUUAUGGACUUUGUGAUUUAAAAAAAUAUAUUGCUAUUUAUGAGAACUUUAACUUAAUUUAUUAUAAUCUGACUAAUGAAUUGUAAGAUAUUUUAAUUGUUAAUAAUACACUCUUUUAAUUAAGUUUAAUUGAAUUAACAAUCAUUGAUGCUAAACUUAAAAUUGUGUCUAUAAAUUUACUAGAAGAAUUAAGUACAUUCAAUUAUUCUAAAUUUUUUGUUGAUACUCAAUUUAGAUAGAUUAAGUAUCUUUCAAAUAAUAAUUAUCUAAUUACAACAAACAAUGGUCCAACAAUUUAAAUUGAAAUUACUUAAGAUUACAAAAUUUAGUUUCUCAAGAGAUAUACAUCAAUACCUGGAUAUAUUCCUAUUGAAUUAACCUAAAUUACUAAUGAAGUUUUUUCUGUAGUUUUCUUUGAUUAUCAAUAAGUCGUAGCUGUAUUUUAUUAAAUCCAGAGUUAAGAGUUGAUCCCAUAUUUUUAAUCUAUAGAAUUAGGUAGAAUAAUAGCAUCAAGUUAUAUACGUAAAAGCUUAGAAAAUCGUUUUGUAAUAAGGGAUAUAUCAAACAAUAGUAAAUUAAUAGAAUAUGAUGUGAACAAUAAUGUAAAUAUUUAAAAUAUUAUAAAGGCAUAAGUAUUAUCGAAUUAAAAAACAGAAGAAUCAUUAUUUUUAACUUUUGUGGCUGAAAAUUUUCAUUUUUAAACGAUGAAUGAGUCACUCAGAUUAUAAAUAAAAAUAAUAUCUGAAUAAGAGUAUUAAAUAAUAAUUAUUUUUCAGGUUUGAUCAUUAAGAAUAGAUAAAUUUAAUAGAAAUCUUUUUGUAUUCAUUUUUUGGAUUAAUUUUAUUAUUGAUAAUAUUAUUGAUAGCUCGUUAAAUAAGACGAUAUUUGUUAUUAAAAAGUUUUAAUGAUAGAGAGAAAAAGAAAUUUGAUGAAGAAAAAUUAGAAUAUAAUUGA